AUGCCACAACACCCCCUCCACCUUCCUAUAUAUACCUUGAACAAACUUUGUCUUGCUCCUCACAUUUUCACCAUUGCACAAAUUUUCUCUUUUCUUUUCCACAAAAUGCCGAACCAAGAUAUUUGCAGUUACCUUACAGAACCUCGUCUUGUAACCAGAAAGUUCUUGGCCAGACCUCAACAUGAGGGUGUUGGGGCAGUUGUUAGAAGAAGCAUAGGGAGAUUUGAGCUCAAGUACUUUGAUCCUUUCCUUGUCUUGGAUGAAUUCUCAGUCUCUGCUCCUGCUGGGUUUCCUGAUCAUCCGCAUAGAGGAUUUGAGACAGUCACAUACAUGUUGCAGGGAGCUGUAACACAUGAAGAUUUUGAAGGACGAAAGGGAACAAUUGAAGCUGGUGACUUGCAGUGGAUGACUGCAGGGAGAGGGAUAGUUCAUUCAGAAAUGCCUGCAGCUCAAGGAACCCAAAAGGGUCUCCAACUUUGGAUUAACCUCUCUUCAAAACAUAAAAUGAUUGAGCCAAGGUACCAAGAAAUGCUGAGCAAGGACAUAGCUGAAACUGUGGUAGAUGGUAUCAAAGUUAGAGUGAUAGCAGGGGAAGCUCUUGGAAUAAAGUCUCCAAUCUACACAAGGACACCAACCAUGUACUUGGAUUUUUCCCUUAAACCUGGUGCUCACCUGCAACAACUAAUACCAAAAUCUUGGAAUGCUUUUGUAUACAUAUUGGAAGGAGAGGGUAUUUUUGGGAAUCAAAAGUCUCAACCUGUGACUUCUCAUCAUAUACUUCUUCUUAGUUCUGGGGAUGGACUUGAGGCAUGGAACAAAUCUUCUAAGGUUCUUAGGUUCAUUUUGGUUGGAGGGGAACCAUUGGGGGAACCUGUGGUGCAAUUUGGACCCUUUGUGAUGAACACUCAAGAAGAAGUUGACCAAACAAUUGAUGAUUUUGAGAAUUAUACCAACGGAUUUGAGAAAGCAAGACACUGGAGAUCUGAAAGUGCAAUUAACCUUGAUUAUUGA